CGGAAUCAUAACAAGCUUGUCGUUUUCAGCCAUCAUGGCGAACCCUCGGAAGUUUAGUGAGAAAAUAGCCUUACACACUCAAAAGCAAGCCGAAGAAACGGCAGCUUUUGAGGCAAUUUUACAAGAGGUUAAUUCUGCAACUCGGGAUCCACCAAGAUAUCAGAAGCAACAGCACAUUGCACCAAAUCUUGGAACUUACAGGGGUGGAUCUUUACCCAAUGUUAACCAAAUUAGUGCUAAUCAAGGAAUUGAUUUACAGGCCACACUUCAGCAUUUAGAUGAUAUGAAGCAAGGUCGGUCAACAUUGGUCCAUGGUAGACAAGAACGACAAAGGCAGCAAAUAGGACCACACAGAAGAAAUUUUCCCACAGAUAAAAGGAUUGACUCUUCGCCUUAUGGAUCAGCAUAUCACCUGUCUCCACCACCAGAUACAAGCUGGCGUAGUUGUGGGCUAUCCAGGACGCACCGCUAUCUGUAUAGUGGCCUUUCAUUGUCUCGAGUUCAUUCUGAUCCUUCUUUGCAUAUGAAUGCAAUGGGAAAUGCAAAUAACAAGAACUAUACACAUCCUCCAGUGACUCCACCAUCUCAUCGUCGUAUUGUUGAAAUGGUUGGAGAAAAUGCUGGAGAUGGUUUGCAAAUGAAUUAUUGGGAUUCUAAAAAAAUGGGUGGCCCUUCUCGUCCUAAAUCUUGUGAAGUUCCAAAUAUCAACAUUUACCCAAGCCAAGAGCAUGAUGGCCAGAAUUCUUCAUCUGUUAUACCAAUGACAACCAGCAACACAGGAUCUUUACCUGACCUAUCAGUGCUACAAUUUCCAUCACCACUCUCAACCCCAUUAGAUCAGGAAGAUCCUUAUAACACAGGCGGAACUGGCAACAGUCCAGUAAGUCUAAGUCCUACUAGUCCCCGACACAUGCCUAUGAGCCAUCAAAAUCCACAGAGCCCCAAUCAGAGACGACGGCAAACAUCGGGCAUAUCUCUACCCAGUCCACUUGUUCUAAAUCAGAUUGGUGGCCAGUCCACUUCUAUGGCAGAUAUGGACCCCUGCAUGCGACAGUACUUAUGUUUACAACAGCAGCAGCAGCAGCAGCUUCAACAACAGCAACAGCAGCAAUUGAGGCAUCAGGGCACACAAUCACCCUUAAACCAACCCUACCCCACCCCUGUCUCACCUUUAUACUCACCAACACAUCAGAAGUCAUUAAACCAUCGACAGGCAACAAAGCCAUCGUUGCCAUGCUACCAGCACAAUCAUGUAUCGUCCCCAGCUGUGUUAUCUACUCAAACACCACACUUACCCAGUCAAUCUCAGACUCAUUCUUCUAAUUUCACACAAUCUCUUCAUCAAAAUAACAACCAUCAACAUAAUCAUCAGCAACAACAAACUCCUUUGGUGCCUCAGGUUCACAUUACUAAUUGUGAUGAGCUAGGUUGUCAGGCAUCUAUGACACAGUAUCGAAAUACAAGUGUUUCUGACUCCAACUGUCAGUCACCUACUUCUCCCCACUCAGCGCCAUCAUACAGCCCUGCUCAAUCUCCAGGAAUAACUCCUACUAGCCAGUCAGUUAACUCAACUUUUAGUGACGCUUACUACAUUCAACAGCAGCAACAGCAAACAAAUGCCUUGCAGCAUCAAUUUGAACAGUUUAACAUGCAUCAACUUGAACAGUUCAAUAACAUGAGUCCCCUUCAAGUUACCUCAACCAACAUGUGCUCAACAGUCAUGACCACAAAUGGCUUGAAUUUAGUUAGUAAUAGUAACAGUACAUGUGCUGCUAACGACUUGGCCUUUUCACAGCAGCUUGGAUUAGCAUUACAGUACACCCAGGCAGCCAUGUUGGCAAUGUCCAGCAAUGAUGACAUCUUUCAGCCUCAUUUUCUUGGUCCUAUAGAUGUCAUGGCUAGUGGUCAGUUUAAUAGCCAACUCACCAUGUCCUCUCAAAACAAUCGUCAAAUGAAUCAGCAAAACUCAUUGUCCUCUCCCACCUCUGGCAGCAAAAUUCCUGACAUUAUUCUUACAGGUGCAGAUGAUAUGUGCCGAUUACCUCUGGAUUUUGCCAAAGAUUUGGGAAAUGCCAUUACAGGCAUGUCAGAUAGUUUUGAUGCAGACUUUCUUACUAAUGAUGAAGCUUUCAAAGCUGGCCUUGACCCAUUAGACUUUGAUGAAAUUCAGAUGUUGACAGAUGCUAGCCUUGUAGCUGACCCAGCCACAGAAGAUUCAUUUAAACUGGACAGAUUGUAAUGACUCAUACUGAUUUUUUAAAAAGAUUUGAUUCAGAAACUUUUGUAACUGCUACAGUUUUCUUCACGCAUGUGUUCGUUUCUUGGUGUUGGAAAUCCAUCAACUUUUGUGCACAACUGCCCCAGUUUUCAGAGAAAUGUGUUCUACAAUCAUGUUUUUAAACCAACAUUCUCAUGCCAGCAGUACAAUAUUCUUUCAGUGCAGGGCAACUGUCAGCACCAAGAGAUUUUAAGAGAUAGCCUCAUGUUGUCAUGAAGCCCCAGAACAAAAUUAAAAAACCAGCCAAAGCCGAUCACUUACCAGUUGCUACUGCUGAGUAAAUCAAUAUACAUGAUGGUAAUUUCUGCUAAUUGAAAGAAAAGCCUAUCAUUCUUCUUAACAUAAUUUUAUCAAGUGUUCAAAACAGAUUUUAAUUUAAGAAUCAUCAAUUUCUUUUCUUAGGUGACAUAAAUAUACCUUUUCUUGUGUAACAUUUCAAAUGUUAAAUACAAACCUCUGUAAACUUUAAAUAAAACUCUUCAACUUAAUGAAAUGGCCUUUGGGUGAAUAAACUGAAAUCACAAAUGAAUAUACUGAAGCAGAUAUUAUAUAAUCUGUAUAAGGAAAAGCUGAAGAUUGUACAUUUGUAUUGUAUGUAAAGAGCCAACUUUGUCUUGCUUUUGCAACUUGCAUACAGUGAGCCUUUAAUCAUCUAUGGUGAACAAAGAGAUUUUAUGAAUGAUCAUGUUCGUAGGCUUCAUGUCAUGCUCCUUGAGAGUAAGUACCAACCAUUUCAUCUAAUUGUCCUAAUUCCUAUGUUGUCUAACUUGUUAGGUUUUCAUAACACAUAUUUGAUGUGUCUUAUUUGAAACAAGUCAGUUUAUAGUAAUGGUAAGAAACUUUCUCAGGUUAUCAUCUUCAGCCAAUUACAAAAAGGAAAAUUUGCUAUUUGUAAUUAAAUGCUACAAAAUAGAAUGAUCUCUGAGUAAUCUUUUAAAAUCAACAGUAGUGUUUAUCUAAACAAGCAAGAAUGUUAACAUUUAGAUGAAUAGAUGCUCAUUUUGGUGCCAAAUAUGAUUACUGGUAUGCUGAAAACGUAUGUUAAAAAAAAUACUGGCCCCUUUAUUUGUUCUUUGUGCCAACAUUUUUUCCUGCAACUGUUAGUUUUUUCUUGAAUGUAGCAGACUCGUAAGUUAUAAAACUGAUUUUGUAAACUACCAGCUCAAGUAUUAAGUGACAAGUUAACUGUGCAAUCAUGAAUUAGUUACAUAUGCCACACUUGUGACAUUGAUUGAACACAAAUGUUUUUCUAGAUAAAUCUAUUUAUAUUUAAAUUUUGUAAGACUGAAAACGAGUUAAAUUUUUUUUUUUUACAUGUACACUGAUGAAAUUAAGAUUAGGUGGUACCAGUCAAUACUCCUUUUUAAAAAUAUCAAGUUUUUGACUUCCAUAGUAAAAGAUAAUACUAUUGAUACAAAUAUUUAUUUCAGUUGCCUUUGUAGUAAAUGGCAAUGUAAUGGUAAUACAUAUUUCGCAAUUUGUUUUCACCAAACCUGUGCUAAAGUUUUCAAUUUAAUUUUCAAAAUUGUACAUAAAAAAAUAAACUUGUCAACACUAGCUUUACUUUCAGCAGAUGAAGUAUCAUAGAAGGCCUAUAACCCAUCAUGUUGGUGAACCAUUUCAAAUACAAGUUGAAGUUGCAUAAUGGCUCCCAACAAUUAGGCUAAUUUUUUAACUAUAAAAGCUUACUAAGUUUAACAAAUUCCACCCUUGGAUUUGAGAUCUGCAAGCAAGUUCAGAGUGAUAUAUAAAAUUGUGUGCCUUAGACUGCAAAAGUGAUGGAUAAAUUUAAGUAGAAUUUACAUUACCCUAGCGAACUGCAAGUUUUAUAGUUCAAAUAACUAUAUAUAUGAAGUCCGAGGUUUUUGUAAUAGCCUGCAGUGCUGUUUUAUAAAUAUAUUUGCGUUUACUGAACAAAUGUAAAAGUUUUAUUUAUAAAUCUAGUUAAAUAAUUACACAGCUUUAUAUAAAUAUGUUGGCAGGAGCUGAUGGUAGAUUUAUUUUUGUUCAUGCUUGAAAAGUUGGCAAUAUAAGAAAAUUAAACUUUCAUUAAACAUUCUCUGAUAUUUAACAAAUAAGACUUGUAAUAAGCUUUUAUUUAAUAACAUUUAGACUAUUAGUAUGGCUGUGUUGGCUGUUACACUGUAUAUAUUAUUUAUACUUUAAAAAAUGUAUAUGCAAAGGCUAUUUUUAAAAUAAAAGUAUGAUCUAAUUUUAAAUUUCACCCUAAAGCAUCCUAUAAAAAUUUCUAGAAUUGUUUAUGCCCAAGGCUAGUGAUUUGUAAUAUUUUAAACAAAGCCUACUGUGAAAUUUUAGCACUGUUUUUUUUCUUCUGAUAAGGUACUGGUUUUAACAGAUUUUUAUUUUAGUUAAGUGUUGAUCACUUAUUUUAUUUAGUUUUAAAUAUAAAACGUGCAAAAAAUACUUAGAUUGCAUCGACAAAUAAAUAAUUAUGCAUAAUUUGGAGUUGACUUUUUCUCAAUUAAAAAUUAACGUCCAACUCGGUAAUUUAUUGUUUCAGUAAUACUUGUUUUAAAUAAGUAUGAAUCAUUCUUGUAAUUUAUUUUCACAUUAGCAGUUAUUAGGUAAUUAUGACUACACAGUGAUAACAUCAAUUUUAAAACCAUUCCUAGAAAAUGCUAAAUUUUCUUUUUGUUAAAAUCAUGAUAAUUUUCUUGAAAUUAUUUGGAGAGUAUGAUCAAAAGGUAACUUUUUUUCAAGCCAAUGUUAACUGGACUUCACAUUUUGUUGCAGCGUUUUUAAAAUAUCCCAUGACAUAGUUUUUUUUUUAUUAACUUAUAAUUUUUAAGGUGAUUUAUCCAAAAGAUUUAUUUACCGUGUUGUCCCUUUCCUUGUUUUAAUAAGAAAAAUAACUAAAGAAAAUGUAUAAAUGGGUGUUGAAUUGUUUUCUGUUGUUGACAUUACUUGAAUGUUCAGUAAAUGUUUAAAUAACAUUGAACUACAUAUUAAGAUUAAAAGAUUCAAUUGCAUUUGAAUUAAAACUAUGUAAUGAGUCUCAAUGUGUAAAUUUCUUCAGUGCUGUAACUUUUUAAAAAUUGCACUUCACUAAAAGGCACCUUGUAAAUAAAGGUAGAAGUUUUAUAAUACUUUUUCUUUUUUUUUUUUAAAAAUGCCACAUGAAUUUAGUAGUAAUACAGUCAUUUUGACUGUUUAAAAAGAUUUCUUUUUUUUUAAAAUUUAAUCUGUAUUUUUUAAAUACAAGAUUCAUGUAAUAUGUAAGAAGCUAACUUGUAUUUAUGUUAUAAGCACUGUGUCUUGUGCACUCUCACAUCAGUUUUUUUUACCGUACAUUACAGUAAGUGUUAAUGAUACAAUAUCAUGGCUGUAUUCAAGCUUUUGUGGAUCUGUAUAAUGUAAAACAUUUUGUGAAAGUUAAGAUGUUCAGUAAAGACAAAAAACAGGUGAAAGAUUACUUCAAAAUACAACUGAAAAAAGAAAACAUUCCAAAAUUUGUGUAAAAAUAAUUGUAUAGAUCUGCUAGUAUUCCAGUAAGUACUUUAGUAGAAAAACUCCUUUUCCCCCCAAAUUAAAGCUAGUGGAUGGUGGUAACUCUUUUAUUCUGGUGGUGUAUUUUAAAACCAUUAUCUUGUGAUAUGAGCUUAGCUGGCUUAACUUUUCUUUGCUGGUAAAUAUUCUAACUACUUUAAAUGUUGUAGUUAAUGUGAUUUAUGUUUUUAAAAUGUAAAUUAUCUUGUCAAAAAAUUGCAGCAUAUGGAAAGAAUAUUGACAGAUCUUGAAUUGUAUGAUAGUAAUGUUACUAUUUUUGCAUUAGAAGGCAUUAUCCAGAAGGGAUAAUCUUUUGUAUUCUUUUAUGCCAUAUAUUAAAAAGUGAACCGCCUGAUGGUUUAAAAAAAAAUAACCACAUUUAAUAGUGCAUAAUAUUUGUUUUCCUUGAAGCAUUGUUGAGAUGUAGCUUUAUAAACCCUUGCCAGUGGGUCCCCAAUAAAAAGAAUUGUGCAGUGUGAUUUCUUUGCAGCAUUUUUUCCUUAUGAUAGUUUAUUUUGGUAAUUGAGACAAGUAUCUCAUUUACCAUGCAUUUGUUUUUUAGACAGUGUAAUUUUCCUCUCCGACCUUUCAACAUUUGGCCUGAUUUUGUACUCAUGAUAAACUGUUAUUAUUUCUGCUCAUCUUUUAAGUGUUGUGUGAAGCUGACCAGCUCAGUUACUAGAAUUUUAGCAGCAUAGUCUGAUCAGAAAUUUCAGGUGUUGAAAUAAAUACAGCAUGUAAACUGUUAAUGCUUACAUUUUGACCCUGUUAAAAUCACCAAUUGAAUAAUACUAAUAUUCAAAACUUUUAAAGCUUAAAAUUUAAACUAAUGGUGUUUGUAAUUUUUAUUUCAAUAUUAACAAUCAAUUGGUUUUCAUGUUGUUUCCACAAUAAAACCUGUUUUGUGAUUGGAGGGAGAUCUAUAAAAUCUAUCAUGGAAAGAGAAAUUAAUUUGAGUGCUUUACCUUUAUAUGAUUUAAGGAAGCAUGGGCACAGUAUCAAGUAUUACAAACUACAUGAAAUAGAAGAAAGAUUAUUGUACUUUUUCUUAGCACAAAUAUUGAAUUUUUUUUUUAAACUUUACAUUUGUCUUGUUUCUUGGUAAGUCAUUUGAAUGUCAAAUUUUAAUGUUAUCACCUUCAUUUUUAUGCCUUUAUUAACUCAAGAAAAAAAAAAGAUUGAAAAAAAAAGUACAACUAUUGUUUAUAUAUGAUGUUGACCACCCUGUUGUGACUCCCUGUGGUGUUACCAUGAUCAUUUCAACAUAUUUGACAUAAAAGAUUAAACCUUUGAAAAUUG